GAGUCUUCCACAGUUAAUUCUAAAUGAGUAUCCCCUGUCUUCCUGAAAUAUUUCUCCCUCCUUGCAUUAAUUUCUUAGGAUAUUUUUAAAUUUGUUUUCCAGCGAACAUUUGUACAAAAGUCUAGAUAACUGUGCUUUUGCUUUCUUCUUCUUUCCCCUACUCUUAUGGGGUGGUGAUCUCUUUAGUGGGCAUUUUUACUACAGAAAAACAAAUAUGGAUGUUUGUAUACUGUCAGUAAAGUGAAAUAUUCAGAGGUUUUCCCCAUUUUAUAAAUUUUGAUUUUUUAAAUGUUGUUGAGUGACUUGCAUUUAAGCUGUAUUUGAUGUGAAAUUCUUGUGCUUGUAUAAAAGGCAUUCUGAAAUAUAUUUAUGAUUUCUCAAAUUUUGCCUAAAGCAAUUUUGAGUUAGGGAGGGAUGGCCACAAUAUCCUAAAAGCAUGUAAGGUAGACUGUGUAUUACUCCACUAAACAGCUCAUUUUUCUGGUAAAAUUAUAUAAAAUAUUUGCUUUUUAGAACAGAAAUAACUUUAAUGAUUGUCAUUCUGGAAAGGAAAGAAAAGAUGACAGAAUGUUUUAAUUGCCCAUCUGAAGGGCUGAAUGUUUUUGCUUCUAUCAAAGAGCACUUUUAAUAGUUUUGUCUCCUCUUGCCCAUCUGGCUCUUUUUGUGAUUGUGUCCAAGGGUAGCCAAGGAUGGCUGCAGCUUCAUAUGAUCAGUUGUUAAAGCAAGUUGAGGCACUGAAGAUGGAGAACUCAAAUCUUCGACAAGAGCUAGAAGAUAAUUCCAAUCAUCUUACAAAACUGGAAACUGAGGCAUCUAAUAUGAAGGAAGUACUUAAACAGCUUCAAGGAAGCAUUGAUGAUGAAGCUAUGACAUCUUCUGGACAGAUUGAUUUAUUAGAGCGCCUCAAAGAGCUUAACUUAGAUAGCAGUAAUUUCCCUGGAGUAAAACUACGGUCAAAAAUGUCCCUCCGUUCUUACGGGAGCCGGGAAGGGUCGGUAUCCAGUCGUUCAGGAGAGUGCAGUCCUGUUCCUAUGGGUUCCUUCCCAAGAAGAGGGUUUGUAAAUGGAAGCAGAGAAAAUACUGGUUAUUUAGAAGAACUUGAGAAAGAGAGAUCAUUACUCCUUGCUGAUCUUGACAAAGAAGAAAAGGAAAAAGACUGGUACUAUGCUCAACUUCAGAAUCUCACUAAAAGAAUAGAUAGUCUUCCUUUAACUGAAAAUUUUUCCUUACAAACAGAUAUGACCAGAAGGCAAUUGGAAUAUGAAGCAAGGCAAAUCAGAGUUGCAAUGGAAGAACAACUAGGAACGUGUCAAGAUAUGGAAAAACGAGCACAGCGAAGAGUAACCAGAAUUCAACAAAUAGAGAAGGACAUACUUCGUAUACGACAGCUUUUACAGUCCCAAGCAACAGAAGCAGAGAGGUCAUCUCAGAACAAGCACGAAGCUGGCUCACAUGAAGCUGAGCAGCAGAAUGAAGGUCAAGGAGUGGCAGAAAUCAACAUGGCAACUUCUGGUAGUGGUCAGGGUUCAGCUACACGAAUGGAUCAUGAAACAGCCAGUGUUUUGAGUUCUAGUAGCACACACUCUGCUCCUCGAAGGCUGACAAGUCAUCUGGGAACCAAGGUGGAAAUGGUGUAUUCAUUGUUGUCAAUGCUUGGUACUCAUGAUAAGGAUGAUAUGUCACGAACUUUGCUAGCUAUGUCUAGCUCCCAAGACAGCUGUAUAUCCAUGCGACAGUCUGGAUGUCUUCCUCUCCUCAUCCAGCUUUUACAUGGCAAUGACAAAGACUCUGUGUUGUUGGGAAAUUCCCGGGGCAGUAAAGAGGCUCGGGCCAGGGCCAGUGCAGCACUCCACAACAUCAUUCACUCACAGCCUGAUGACAAGAGAGGCAGGCGUGAAAUCCGAGUCCUUCAUCUUUUGGAACAGAUACGAGCUUACUGUGAAACCUGUUGGGAGUGGCAGGAAGCCCACGAACAAGGCAUGGACCAGGACAAAAAUCCAAUGCCAGCUCCUGUUGAACAUCAGAUCUGUCCUGCUGUGUGUGUGCUAAUGAAACUUUCAUUUGAUGAAGAACAUAGACAUGCAAUGAAUGAACUUGGUAGGAAGGCUACCCGGGGCAUUUCAUCACAGGAGCUAGGGCAGGGGCUUUCAGGGGGACUACAGGCCAUUGCAGAAUUAUUGCAAGUGGACUGUGAAAUGUAUGGGCUUACUAAUGACCACUACAGUAUUACAUUAAGACGAUAUGCUGGAAUGGCUUUGACAAACUUGACUUUUGGAGAUGUAGCAAACAAGGCCACACUCUGCUCCAUGAAAGGCUGCAUGAGAGCACUGGUCGCCCAACUGAAGUCGGAGAGUGAGGACUUACAGCAGGUUAUUGCAAGUGUUUUGAGGAAUUUGUCUUGGAGAGCAGAUGUAAAUAGUAAAAAGACAUUGCGUGAAGUUGGAAGUGUGAAAGCAUUGAUGGAGUGUGCUUUGGAAGUUAAAAAGGAAUCAACCCUGAAAAGCGUAUUGAGUGCCUUAUGGAAUUUGUCAGCACAUUGCACUGAGAAUAAAGCCGAUAUAUGUGCUGUAGAUGGUGCGCUCGCAUUUUUGGUUGGCACUCUCACUUACCGGAGCCAGACAAACACCUUAGCCAUUAUUGAAAGUGGAGGUGGGAUAUUACGGAAUGUGUCCAGCUUGAUAGCUACAAAUGAGGACCACAGGCAAAUUCUAAGAGAAAACAAUUGCCUGCAAACCUUAUUACAACACUUAAAAUCUCACAGUUUGACAAUAGUCAGUAAUGCAUGUGGAACCUUGUGGAAUCUCUCAGCAAGAAAUCCUAAAGACCAGGAAGCAUUAUGGGACAUGGGGGCAGUCAGCAUGCUCAAGAAUCUCAUUCACUCAAAGCACAAAAUGAUUGCCAUGGGAAGUGCUGCAGCUUUAAGGAAUCUCAUGGCAAAUAGACCCACAAAGUAUAAAGAUGCCAAUAUUAUGUCUCCUGGUUCAAGUUUGCCAUCUCUUCAUGUCAGGAAACAAAAAGCUCUGGAAGCAGAAUUAGACGCUCAGCACUUAUCAGAAACUUUUGACAAUAUUGACAAUUUAAGUCCCAAGACAUCUCAUCGUAGUAAGCAAAGACACAAGCAAAGUCUUUAUGGUGACUAUGUUUUUGACACCAAUCGACAUGAUGAUAACAGGUCAGACAAUUUUAAUACAGGAAACAUGACUGUCCUUUCACCAUAUUUAAAUACUACGGUGUUGCCCAGCUCCUCAUCAUCCAGAGGAAGUUUAGAUAGUUCUCGUUCUGAAAAAGAUAGAAGUUUGGAGAGAGAACGAGGAAUUAGCCUAGGCAACUACCACCCAGCAACAGAAAAUCCAGGAACCUCUUCAAAGCGAGGUUUGCAGAUUUCCACCACUGCAGCUCAGAUUGCUAAAGUCAUGGAAGAGGUAGCAGCCAUUCACACCUCUCAGGAAGAUAGAAGUUCUGGGUCUACCACAGAGUUACAUUGUGGGGCAGAUGAGAGGAAUGCACUAAGAAGAAGCUCUACUACUCACACACAUUCAAACACUUACAACUUCACUAAAUCAGAAAAUUCAAAUAGGACAUGUUCUAUGCCUUAUGCCAAAUUGGAAUAUAAGAGGUCUUCAAAUGAUAGUUUAAAUAGUGUCAGCAGUAGUGAUGGUUAUGGUAAAAGAGGUCAAAUGAAACCUUCGAUUGAAUCCUAUUCUGAAGAUGAUGAAAGUAAAUGUUGCAGCUAUGGUCAAUAUCCAGCUGACCUAGCUCAUAAAAUACACAGUGCAAAUCAUAUGGAUGAUAAUGAUGGAGAACUAGAUACGCCAAUAAAUUAUAGUCUUAAAUAUUCAGAUGAGCAGCUGAACUCGGGAAGGCAGAGUCCUUCCCAGAAUGAAAGAUGGGCAAGACCCAAACAUAUAAUAGAAGAUGAAAUGAAACACAGUGAGCAGAGACAAUCAAGGAGUCAAAGCACAACUUACCCUGUAUAUACUGAGAGCACUGAUGAUAAACACCUCAAGUUCCAACCACAUUUUGGGCAGCAAGAAUGUGUUUCCCCAUAUAGGUCAAGAGGAGCCAAUGGUUCAGAAACAAAUCGAGUGGGUUCUAAUCAUACAAUUAAUCAAAAUGUAAACCAGUCUUUGUGUCAGGAAGAUGACUAUGAAGAUGAUAAGCCAACCAACUACAGUGAACGUUACUCUGAGGAAGAACAGCAUGAAGAGGAAGAGAGACCAACAAACUAUAGCAUAAAGUAUAAUGAAGAAAAACAUCAUGUGGAUCAGCCUAUUGAUUAUAGUUUAAAAUAUUCCACAGACAUUCCUUCCUCACAGAAACCAUCAUUUUCAUUCUCAAAGAGUUCCUCUGGACAAAGCACUAAGUCUGAACACAUCUCUACAAGCAGUGAGAAUACAUCCACACCUUCAUCUAAUCCCAAGAGGCAGAAUCAGCUCCACCCAAGUUCAGCACAAAGCAGAAAUGGUCAGGCUCAAAAAGCCACCUCUUGCAAAGUUCCCUCUAUCAACCAAGAGACAAUACAGACCUACUGUGUGGAAGAUACCCCAAUAUGUUUUUCAAGGUGUAGUUCAUUAUCAUCUUUGUCAUCAGCUGAAGAUGAAAUAGGAUGUGAUCAGACAACACAGGAGACAGAUUCUGCUAAUACGCUACAGGUAGCAGAAAUAAAAGAAAACAGUGGAACUAGAUCAACUGAAGGUUCUGUGAGUGAAGUUCCAGCAGUGUCACAGCACAUUAGAACUAAAUCCAGCAGACUCCCAGCUUCUGGUUUAUCUUCAGAAUCAGCCAGGCACAAAGCUGUUGAACUUUCUUCAGGGGCCAAAUCUCCAUCAAAAAGUGGUGCCCAGACGCCUAAAAGUCCACCAGAGCACUACGUUCAGGAGACUCCACUCAUGUUUAGUAGAUGUACUUCUGUCAGUUCACUUGAUAGUUUUGAGAGUCGUUCAAUUGCCAGCUCGGUUCAGAGUGAACCCUGCAGUGGAAUGGUAAGUGGCAUUGUAAGUCCCAGUGACCUUCCAGAUAGCCCUGGGCAAACCAUGCCACCAAGCAGAAGUAAAACCCCUCCUCCUCCACCUCCUCCUCCUCAGACAGUUCAAGCUAAACAAGAGUUAACUAAAAAUAAAGUACCUAAUGCUGAAAAGAGAGAAAGUGGACCUAAGCAAGCUGCUGUAAAUGCUGCAGUUCAGAGGGUCCAGGUUCUUCCAGAUGCUGAUACUUUAUUACAUUUUGCCACAGAAAGUACUCCAGAUGGGUUUUCUUGUUCAUCUAGCCUGAGUGCACUGAGCCUCGAUGAGCCAUUCAUACAGAAAGAUGUGGAAUUAAGAAUAAUGCCUCCAGUUCAGGAAAAUGACAAUGCAAAUGAAACAGAAUCUGAGCAGCCUGAAGAAUCAAAUGAAAAUCAGGACAAAGAGGCACAAAAACCUGAUUCUGAAAAAGAUUUAUUAGAUGAUUCAGAUGAUGAUGAUAUUGAAAUACUAGAAGAAUGUAUUAUUUCUGCCAUGCCAACAAAAUCGGCACGCAAAGCCAAAAAGCCAGCCCAGGGUGCUUCAAAAUUACCUCCACCUGUAGCAAGGAAACCAAGUCAACUGCCUGUGUACAAACUUCUGCCAUCACAAAACAGGAUACAAGCACAAAAGCAUGUUAGUUUUACACCAGGAGAUGAUAUGCCACGGGUGUAUUGUGUAGAAGGGACACCUAUAAACUUUUCCACCGCUACAUCUCUAAGUGACCUAACAAUAGAAUCCCCUCCAAAUGAGUUAGCUGCUGGAGAAGGAGUUAGAGCAGGGGCACAGACAGGCGAAUUUGAAAAACGAGACACCAUUCCUACAGAAGGCAGAAGUACAGAUGAGGCUCAAAGAGGAAAACCAUCAUCUAUAACUGUACCUGAACUGGAUGACAGUAAAACAGAAGAAGGUGAUAUUCUUGCAGAAUGCAUUAAUUCUGCUAUGCCCAAAGGAAAAAGUCACAAACCUUUCCGUGUGAAAAAGAUAAUGGACCAGGUCCAACAAGCAUCUAUGUCUUCAUCUGGGACUAACAAGAAUCAAUUAGAUAGUAAGAAGAAGAAACCUACUUCACCAGUAAAACCUAUGCCACAAAACACUGAAUAUAGGACACGUGUAAAAAAAAAUACAGAUUCAAAAAAUAACUUAAAUGCUGAAAGAACUUUUUCAGAUAAUAAAGAUUCAAAGAAACAGAACUUGAAAAAUAAUUCCAAGGACUUCAAUGAUAAGCUACCAAACAAUGAAGAUCGGGUUAGAGGAAGUUUUACUUUUGAUUCUCCUCAUCAUUACACACCUAUUGAAGGAACUCCAUACUGCUUUUCACGAAAUGAUUCUUUGAGUUCUCUAGAUUUUGAUGAUGAUGAUGUUGAUCUUUCCAGGGAAAAGGCUGAAUUAAGAAAGGGGAAAGACAAUAAGGAAUCAGAAGCUAAAGUUGCCAGUCACACAGAACUAACCUCCAGCCAACAAUCAGGUAAUAAGACACAAACUAUUACAAAACAUCCAAUGAAUCGAGGACAGUCUAAUAAACCCAUGCUACAGAAGCAAUCCACUUUUCCCCAGUCAUCCAAAGACAUACCAGACAGAGGGGCAGCAACUGAUGAAAAAUUACAGAAUUUUGCUAUUGAAAAUACACCAGUUUGCUUUUCUCGAAAUUCUUCUCUAAGUUCUCUUAGUGACAUUGAUCAAGAAAACAACAACAACAAAGAAAAUGAACCUAUCAAAGAGACCCAGCCUGCUGACUCACAGGUAGAACCAAGUAAACCUCAGGGUUCAGGUUAUGCUCCUAAAUCAUUUCACGUUGAAGAUACCCCUGUUUGUUUCUCAAGAAACAGUUCUCUCAGUUCUCUCAGUAUUGAUUCUGAAGAUGACCUGUUGCAAGAAUGUAUAAGUUCUGCAAUGCCAAAAAAGAAGAAGCCUGCAAGGCUUAAGGGUGAUAAUGAAAAGCAUAGUCCCAGAAAUAUGGGUGGCAUAUUAGCAGAAGAUUUGACGCUUGAUUUGAAAGAUGUACAGAGACCAGAUUCAGAGCAUGGUUUAUCCCCCGAUUCAGAAAAUUUUGAUUGGAAAGCCAUUCAGGAAGGUGCAAAUUCCAUAGUAAGUAGUUUGCAUCAAGCUGCUGCUGCUGCAUGUUUAUCUAGACAAGCUUCAUCUGAUUCAGAUUCCAUCCUUUCACUGAAAUCUGGAAUCUCUCUGGGAUCACCAUUUCAUCUUACACCUGAUCAAGAGGAAAAACCCUUUACAAGUAAUAAAGGCCCACGGAUUCUGAAACCUGGGGAGAAAAGUACAUUGGAAUCUAAAAAGAUGGAAUCGGAAAAUAAAGGAAUCAAAGGAGGAAAAAAAGUUUAUAAAAGUUUGAUUACUGGGAAAGUUCGAUCUAAUUCCGAAGUUUCAAGCCAGUUGAAACAGCCCCUUCAAGCAAGCAUGCCUUCAAUAUCUCGAGGUAGGACGAUGAUCCACAUUCCAGGAGUUCGAAAUAGCUCUUCAAGUACAAGUCCAGUUUCUAAAAAAGGCCCACCCCUUAAGACUCCAGCUUCCAAAAGCCCAAGUGAAGGUCAGACAGCCACCACUUCUCCCAGAGGAGCUAAGCCAUCAGUGAAGUCAGAAUUAAGCCCUGUUACCAGGCAGAUGUCACAACAGGCAGGAUCGAAUAAAGGGUCUUCUAGAUCAGGAUCUAGAGAUUCCACUCCUUCAAGACCAGUCCAGCAACCAUUAAGUAGACCUAUGCAGUCUCCAGGACGAAAUUCAAUUUCUCCUGGUAGAAAUGGAAUAAGUCCUCCUAACAAAUUAUCUCAACUGCCAAGGACAUCAUCCCCUAGUACUGCUUCAACCAAGUCCUCAGGUUCUGGGAAAAUGUCAUACACAUCUCCAGGCAGACAGAUGAGCCAGCAGAACCUUACCAAACAAGCAGGCUUAUCCAAGAAUGGCAAUAGUAUCCCAAGAAGUGAGUCUGCCUCCAAAGGACUAAAUCAGAUGAAUAAUAGCAAUGGAUCCAAUAAAAAGGUAGAACUUUCUAGAAUGUCUUCAACUAAAUCAAGUGGAAGUGAAUCUGAUAGGUCAGAGAGACCUGUAUUGGUACGCCAGUCAACUUUCAUCAAAGAAGCUCCAAGCCCAACCCUAAGGAGAAAAUUGGAGGAAUCUGCUUCAUUUGAAUCUCUUUCUCCAUCUUCUAGACCAGAUUCUCCCACUAGGUCCCAGGCACAGACUCCAGUUUUAAGUCCUUCCCUUCCUGAUAUGUCUCUAUCCACACAUUCAUCUGUUCAGGCUGGUGGGUGGCGAAAACUACCCCCUAAUCUCAGUCCCACGAUAGAGUAUAAUGACGGAAGACCAGCAAAGCGCCAUGAUAUAGCACGCUCCCAUUCUGAAAGUCCUUCCAGGCUUCCCAUCAAUAGGUCAGGAACCUGGAAACGUGAGCACAGUAAACAUUCAUCGUCCCUUCCUCGGGUGAGCACUUGGAGAAGAACUGGAAGUUCAUCCUCAAUUCUUUCUGCUUCAUCAGAAUCCAGUGAAAAAGCAAAAAGUGAAGAUGAAAAACAUGUGAACUAUAUUUCAGGAACCAAACAAACUAAGGAAAACCAAGAAUCUACAAAAGGAACAUGGAGAAAAAUAAAAGAAAGUGAAAUUUCUCCCACAAAUUGUACUUCUCAGACCACUUCCUCAGGUGCUGCUAAUGGUGCUGAAUCAAAGACUCUAAUUUAUCAAAUGGCACCUGCUGUUUCUAAAACAGAGGACGUUUGGGUAAGAAUUGAGGACUGUCCCAUUAACAACCCUAGAUCCGGAAGGUCUCCCACAGGAAAUACUCCCCCUGUGAUUGACAGUGUUUCAGAAAAGGGAAAUCCAAACGCUAAAGAUUCAAAGGAUAAUCAGGGAAAACAAAAUGUGGGAAAUGGCAGUGGCCCCAUACGCACCGCGGGUUUGGAAAACCGCCUGAACUCCUUUAUUCAGGUAGAUGCCCCAGACCAAAAAGGAAGUGAGGUGAAACUGGGACAAAAUAACCCUGUCCCUGCGUUAGAGACUAAUGAAGGUUCAAUAGUUGAGCGUACCCCAUUUGGUUCUAGCAGCUCCAGCAAACACAGUUCACCCAGUGGAACUGUUGCUGCCAGAGUGACUCCUUUUAAUUACAACCCAAGCCCCAGGAAAAGCAGCGCAGAUAGCACUUCAGCCCGGCCAUCUCAGAUCCCGACGCCAGUGAAUAACAACACAAAGAAACGAGAUUCAAAAACUGACAGCACAGAAUCCAGUGGAACUCAAAGUCCUAAGCGCCAUUCUGGGUCUUACCUUGUGACAUCUGUUUAAAGAGCUUAAUUAAUGAAACUAAGAAAAGUAUGUGUUAAUUACAACUGCUAUGUAGAAAUUUUAUUUCAAAUGAAACUUUAAAAGACUGAAAAUUUUUGUAAAUAGGUUUGAUUCUUGUUAGAAGGUUUUUGUUCUGGAAGCCAUAUUUGAUAGUAUACUUUGUCUUCACUGGUCACAUUUUGGGAGGCACUCUCGAUAGUUAGGAAGAAAAUGGUAAAGCCAAGUAUAUUUGUACAGUAUGUUUUACAGGUAUUUAAGUAGCAUCCCAUCCCAUCCCAUCAUCCUUUAAUUAUUGCUUGUCUUAAAAUAAUGAACACUACAGAUAGAAGAUAUGAUAUAUUGCUGUUAUCAAUCAUUUCUAGAAUAUAAACUGACUAAACUUACAUCAGGGAGAAAUUAGUAUUUAUGCAAAAAAAAAAAAAACCAUUCUGUUUUAGUCCUUGUGAGCCCAUCUAACAUCAUAAUUAAUCAUGUGGCUGUGAAAUUCACAGUAAUAUGGUUCCCGAUGAACAAGUUUACCUAGCCUGCUUUGCUUUACUGCAUGAAUGAAACUGAUGGUUCAAUUAACAGUUCUGUGGUCACAUGAUGUGCAUUAGAUAGCUGCAGUGUAACAAUUUACACUCUUGUGCUCAAAUAUAUAUAUAUGUGUUAAUUGUAAAACAUUGAAUGAAACUAUUUUACCUGAACUAGAUUUUAUCUGAAAGUAGGUAGAAUUUUUGCUAUGCUGUAACUUGUUGUAUAUUCUGGUAUCUGAGGUGAGAUGGCUGCUCUUUUAUUAAUGAGACAUGAAUUGUGUCUCAACAGAAACUAAAUGAACAUUUCAGAAUAAAUUAUUUGCUGUAUGUAAACUGUUAAUGAAAUUGGUAUUUGUUUGAAAGGUCUUACCACAUUUGUAUUAAUAAUUGUCAAAAGGGCCUCUUUUAAAAGCUUAUAUAAAUUUUCUCUUCAAAAUUCUAUGCAUUAAGAGUAAAAUUCCUCCUACUGUAAUAAAAACAAUCGAAGCUGACUGUUCGCAUUUAACCAUUCCAUGCAUUGGCACUUAACCAUUCCUGAAAUUUAUUUAUAUAUGGUUAGCACUUUCUGAUGUUUAAUAGUUUUCCUCUUCAUGUUUUUCUUAUUCCACCAGAGUUGAUUUAAAACAUUCAUUUAAUAGCAAUGUAAAUUGCCUAGCAUAGCCUAGGCAUUGAACAUAAUAGGCCCACAUCAAAUAUUUCUUUUUUUUCUUAAUACAAUUCUAUACUUGAAAAAUUGAUUGAUUAUUCUUAGGUAUAUGUAGUCUCUUCCAAGCCUGUUUUGGAAUGUAACUGUCUUGUCCCUUCGUCUUCUCCCUAUUGCUACUGAGUCUGGAAUGAACACCUUUUAUCACCCUGUAUGUUAUGGCAAAACUCCAGCUACUAAGUAUGUAUAAUCAGCACAUGGCCAUGUUCAGAAAAUGAAGACCACGUGGAACCUCAAAAGUAGAUGUAAUACCAUUAGGAUAUUCAAAAGACUAUUUAAAACACCCUGCCUGUUGAGGAAAACUGUUUCAGACAGGUAGGGUUGUAGGGUAUAUGUGCCGCCUUCCUGACAUGACAGGGUGAAUCCACUUCAUGAAGGAAGACAACCUGAUACAUUUAUUAACAAAGAUAAUUUAUCUUCCCAGCAUUUGUUCUAAAAGAUCAGAGAGUGUGGAAGAUGAUAAAUAUGUUUGUUCAAUAUAUGAAAUUUUAUUUUUAAUAAGUCAUGUAUUCUGCAUUUGGAGAAGGGAAAAGAUAUUUAGAUAUGGUGGGGCAGUGGGAAAAGGCUGAGGAGGCGUAAGCACGUCUAGUGCCCUUGAAAUCACAUCAUGUAGUUAGUUAACUACCUCUUACCUGUGUUUAUUACUUACAGGUACUGAGGCUGAUUUU